CUUAACGCUUGGCUUCGCGCAUGUGCAGUGGAGAGUGGCGCGAGCCAGCCGCUUCCGGGCGAAGAACACGAUGCAAGGGGAGCCAAACCCUAGUGCUUCCCUUAUUGACAGAACCAUCAAGAUGAGAAAAGAAACAGAAGCUAGGAAAGUGGUUUUAGCCUGGGGACUCCUAAAUGUAUCUAUGGCUGGAAUGAUAUAUACUGAAAUGACUGGAAAAUUGAUUAGUUCAUAUUAUAAUGUGACACACUGGCCCCUCUGGUAUAUAGAGCUUGCCCUUGCAUCUCUCUUCAGCCUAAAUGCUUUAUUUGAUUUUUGGAGAUAUUUCAAGUACACUGUGGCACCAACAAGUCUGGUUGUUAGCCCUGGACAGCAAACACUUUUAGGGUUAAAAACAGCUGUUGUACAGACUACUCCUCCACAUGAUCUGGCAGCAUCCCAAAUCCCUCCCUCUCCACCUUCUCCUUCAAUUCAGGGUCAGAGUGUAUUAAGUUAUAGCCCAUCUCGCUCACCCAGUACCAGCCCCAAGUUCACCACCAGCUGUAUAACUGGAUACAGCCCUCAGCUACAAGGUCUGUCAUCAGGUGGCAGUGGUUCUUAUAGCCCUGGAGUGACCUACUCACCCAUCAGUGGUUAUAACAAGUUGGCCAGCUAUAGUCCCUCUCCAUCUUCUCCAUACCCUACCACUGUUGGACCAGUGGAGAACAGUGGAUUGAGAUCUCGCUACCGUUCUUCACCCACCGUCUACAACUCCCCUACUGACAAAGAAGACUACAUGACAGACCUACGAACCUUGGAUACUUUUCUUAGAAGUGAAGAAGAGAAACAGCAUAGAGUUAAGCUGGGAAGCCCAGAUUCUACUUCACCUUCCACCAGUCCUACUUUCUGGAACUACAGUCGUUCUGUGGGGGAUUAUGCACAAACUUUAAAGAAGUUUCAGUAUCAGCUUGCCUGUAGGUCUCAGGCCCCAUGUGCUAACAAAGAUGAAGCUGAUCUCAGUUCUAAACAAGCUGCAGAGGAGGUCUGGGCAAGAGUGACUAUGAAUAGACAACUUCUUGAUCAUAUGGAUUCAUGGACAGCCAAGUUCAGAAAUUGGAUCAAUGAGACAAUAUUAGUGCCACUUGUACAAGAGAUUGAGUCUGUCAGCACACAAAUGAGGCGAAUGGGUUGUCCAGAGCUGCAAAUAGGAGAGGCUAGUAUUACUAGCUUGAAGCAGGCUGCUCUGGUCAAAGCUCCACUCAUUCCAACUCUAAAUACAAUCGUGCAGUAUCUAGACCUCACGCCAAAUCAGGAAUACUUGUUUGAAAGGAUCAAAGAACUUUCUCAAGGAGGCUGUAUGAGCUCAUUUCGAUGGAAUAGAGGUGGAGACUUCAAAGGCCGCAAGUGGGAUACAGACCUGCCCACUGAUUCUGCUAUCAUCAUGCAUGUGUUUUGUACCUACCUUGAUUCCAGACUACCUCCACAUCCUAAAUACCCUGAUGGAAAAACAUUUACUUCUCAGCACUUUGUUCAGACACCAAAUAAACCAGACGUGACAAAUGAGAAUGUUUUUUGCAUUUAUCAGAGUGCUAUCAACCCUCCCCAUUAUGAGCUAAUCUACCAGCGUCAUGUCUACAGUCUUCCAAAGGGCCGAAAUAAUAUGUUUCAUACAUUGUUAAUGUUCCUCUACAUCAUAAAGACCAAAGAGUCAGGAAUGCUUGGGAGAGUUAAUCUUGGUCUAUCCGGUGUGAAUAUUUUGUGGAUUUUUGGCGAGUAGUGGGUCAUUUAAUUCCAAACUUUUGGACUUUAUUUGACUGAAUCAGAAGUUGAAUCUAAGUAUCUCUGAGUCACAGCCUCUUCUGAAAUAAGAUACAUAUGUGUAUGUUACAGACUCUUUAGAUUUAACAAAAAAUUAGCUAUUAUGAAACUUCUUUGUAAAAGUGUGCCCUAUAUCUUCUACACCAAGAAACAUUACUUUAUCAUUUCAGAAAAAAACUGCAACCCUUCAGAUUUUUGUUGGCCAAAACAGUGCCGUUCGGCCUUAAUUGAGUCCUUCUUCAAUGUAACCCCCCAAAUGAGAAUCAUCUGCCUGAUUCCUCCCCACAAAAAUUGUUUUUUCAGUUGAGUUAUUUAGUAUAAAUAAUUUUUUUAAAAAAGCAAAUUGCUGGGCUUCCCUGGUGGCGCAGUGGUUGAGAAUCUGCCUGCUAAUGCAGGUGACACGGGUUUGAGCCCUGGUCUGGGAAGAUCCCACAUGCCACAGAGCAACUAGGCCCGUGAGCCACAACUACUGAGCCUGCGCGUCUGGAGCCUGUGCUCCGCAACAAGAGGCCACGAUAGUGAGGCCCGCGCACCGCGAUGAAGAGUGGCCCCCACUUGCCGCAGCUAGAGUAAGCCCUUGCACAGAAACGAAGACCCAACACAGCCAAAAAUAAAUAAAUUAAUUAAUUAAUAAUAAUUUUUAAAAAAAAGAACUUUGUAAGGUAGCAAUUUCUGUCUUUCCAAGGUAUCCUUUAAAAAAAAAAAAAAAGCAAAUUGCUUAUUUUUUUUUAAUGUUUAUAUUACCCCAGUGUUCAACAAAUUAGCCCAAGGCCCAUAUUUUUAAAAAUGAGAUAAACUUUUAAAUAAUAGUUCAUGUGCAUUUAAAAAAUAUUACUGGAAGAGGUUUGACGGUAUUAAUGUUUAAAAAGUCAACUCUUGAUGAAGUUCACAGUCUUGAACAUGGUUUGAAAGAUGCUGCCUGAUCUUCCCUCUGCCCCCUCUCCCCUGCCUCCACUCCAGUCUUGCCUUGCCCUUCUCCUUCCGUGCCCAGCCACACUGGCCCUCUCUCAGCUCUCAUCCCAGGGCCUCCGUGCACUCCCGCUGCCUGAGACACUCCGGCCCCACUCUUGGUCUAGCCAACCCUCCUCAGCACCCUUCUAGGCUCUGCCUAAAUAUUGCUUUCCCAGAGAAGCUCUCCCUCCCCCGACUCCUUCCAUUCCCACCUCCCGCAGAUCCCCUGACUGUUUUCUCUCUUGGUACCUUUCACCUUUGCUUCAUAUCACCGACCAUGGUUUGAAAUCACAUAGGCAUGUGAAUUUCUUUAUAUGUCUCUCUAAACCUGUGCUGUUCAAUACAGCAGCUACCUGAGGCUGUUAAGCACUUGAAACACGCCUAGCCCAAAUUGCGAUGCGCCAUAAGUGUAAAAUCACACCGGUUUCAAAGACUUGAUAGGAAUAAAAGACUGUAAACUAAAAAAUCAAUAACUAUAAAAAUAAAAAGUCGGGCUUCCCUGGUGGCGCAGUGGUUGAGAAUCUGCCUGCUAAUGCAGGGGACACGGGUUCGAGCCCUGGUCUGGGAAGAUCCCACAUGCCACGGAGCGGCUGGGCCCGUGAGCUACAACUACUGAGCCUGCGCGUCUGGAGCCUGUGCCCCACAACGGGAGGGGCCGCGAUAGUGAAAGGCCCGCGCACCGCGACGAAGAGUGGCCCCCACUUGCCGCAACUAGAGAAAGCCCUCGCACGAACCGAAGACCCAGCACAGCCAAAAAUAAAUAAAUAAAUAAAUAAAUAAAUAAAUAAAUAAAUAAAAAAUAAAAAAAUAAAAAGUCAACUCUUGGAUUAAAUUUAGCUGAUAGAAUUAAACUAUUUAGGUCUUAGUUAAGAGGCUGAAGACAUCAAGAAAACAAUUGCCUUGGUUUUAAUAACUCAGUUUCACUGUUCCAUAAUAUUGUAUUGAGUUCCCUUCUUUAAGAUAUGAUAUCUUAUCUGUUUAAAUUUUUUAGAUAUGUUCAAAAUAUCUGGAGAGUAAGCAAUUACCAAGUUUGUAAGUUUUGCUUGACUCUCCAUCUUUAUUUUCUUACAUGUAUAUGUAGUAUAUCUAAGGCUAGUCAGCAAUUGCAUGUAUUUUCUGGGUUGACAUGUUACUAGAGAGUGCUUUACCUGGAAACAACUAAAACUAGUAUUUUCUCAGUAACUCCGUGUCAGUAUUACAUAUGCAGCUCAUUUUGUAUAAUUUGUAAAUCUUGUUCCUGUUUUUUAAAAGUCAGAUGUCCAAAGGAAAGGAAGUUUCUAUCUUUUAACUGCUUUUGAUGUAUGUUAAAUUUGUUAUGAUAAAAUACCAAUUAAACAUGUUAAAUAUAAGAACAUGUUAAAAUCGAA